AGUAAAACUGAAAACUUUUGUUUUUAAUUUUUCCUUACAGCUAUUUAUUUCAGUAGUAUUUUUCAAUUUAUUGUAAAGUUAUAAUCUAUAAUUUAUAUUGCUGUAGUAGAUGUGUAAUUUAAUUUUUUUUUUUACAAUUUCAAGCCAGUACAUUUGCAAACUCGGUAACUGUCGUCCGGGUAGAUGUAAUUAGAUCUAGAAAAUGUAUGGAUUCAUUCAUUUUAAUGUCAAAAUUAGAUCAAAAUAAUUUCUCAAGCAAUUUUCAGUAACAAUUACAACAGUUCUACGAGCUAUGGGGUCCUUGCAAUACAGUUCUAAGACAUCACUUAAAAUGACUGAACAUUUUGGAUUAAACCGUAACUCCGAGGCAAGAUCAUCAGGAAGUAGCAUCAUCAGUAGUGGAAGUACACGUGUGUCGACAAUACCGGUCACAUCAAUCGAAGAUGGAAAAUCUAGAUUUCCAAAACUAGAAGAGUGUGCACAUUUUCAUUAUGAAUACGUUGAGCUUGGGCCUCUCAAACUUGAAUUAAUUGAAGAAGAUGAACAAAAAUUUGCAAAUAUAGAUAACGAUUGCUGGUUUACAAUAAAAGUUGAAUCACAAAACACUGUGUGGGUUUUAAGGCGAUCAUAUGAAAAUUCAAAAACUCUAGACCACCAGUUGCAUAAAUGUGUUUAUGAUAGAAAAUUUAGUCUGCUUCCUGAACUUCUAGCUAUACCUUGUGAUUGUGAAAACCCAAACGAAUUUGUAAAAAAUUUGAUAAGUAAAUAUUGUUCAAGACUAUCUCAAAUAGCCGUGGGUAGCUUGAUCAACUGUGGACCUAUACUGAGUUGGUUAGAAUUAGACAAUCGUGGACAUCAUUUAUUGGUAGCUGAUGGAGAUCAUUGUGCGAUAAAUACUCCCGCUGUUGCUGCCGCCUAUUCUGUGAGGAAGUACACAGCAAAUGCUUCUGACGAACUAUCAUUUGAAAUUGGUGAUAUUAUUUCAGUCAUUGAUAUGCCAUCACCGGAAGAAAGUAUUUGGUGGAGAGGAAAACAUGGUUUUUUAGUAGGAUUUUUUCCUUCAAAUUAUGUUGUUGUAAUUACAGAUAAAGUCCCCAGAAAUCUAUAUAUUAAUCCUCAAAUGCAAAUGGCUCUUUCUGAACCAACAAAGCCUGUUUUAAGAAAACAUGGAAAACUUAUAUCUUUUUUUCGAUCAUUCAUAUUGUCAAGGCCUACUCGGAGAACAUUAAAACAGUCGGGGAUUUUAAAAGAAAGAGUUUUUGGAUGUGAUUUGGGAGAACAUUUGUUAAACUCUGGAAGAGACCUCCCAGAUGUAUUAACUAGUUGUGCAGAAUUCAUUGAGAAGUUUGGGAUUGUUGAUGGCAUUUACAGACUUUCUGGUGUUACAUCAAAUAUCCAAAGAUUAAGGUCGACCUUUGAUGAAGAUAAAGUUCCUGAAUUAUGGGAUGAUGAGUCAAUAAGACAAGAUAUACAUAGUGUUGCAUCACUUUUAAAAUUAUAUUUUAGAGAAUUGCCAAAUCCAUUGUGCACUUACCAAUUAUAUGAUUCAUUUGUAAAUGCUGUACAAUCAGUUCCUGAAAAAACUACUGAAGAUAAAUUACGUCUCAUGCGAGAAACCGUACAAAAAUUACCACCUCCUCAUUUUAGAACAUUGGAAUACUUAAUGAAGCAUUUAUCUCGAGUGGCUGCUCUUGGAGAACAAACUGGAAUGACGGCUAGAAACGUUGCUAUUGUUUGGGCUCCAAAUUUAUUACGCAGUAAACAGUUGGAAACUGGCAGUGGUGUUGCUGCCUUACACGGUGUUGGUAUUCAAGCAGUAGUUACAGAGUUUUUGAUUCGAUAUACAGAAUACAUUUUUAGUCUUACAUGUAAUGUUGGAGCGGGUUUACCUCCCAAACAAGGUACUCCCAAGAGAUCUAGACCAAAAUCGUUAGCAAUUUCUACACAUACCAAACUUUUGACUCUUGAGGAAGCUCAAAAUCGCGUUAAAAAAUCUGAUACUAAUUACAUAGAAGUUGGUGGCGGUCCUUCUUGCCUCCCUGAAAAAUAUCAUACAGUCAUAGAUUUACCAUCAAAACGAUGCACUACUAGUAAAAGACGUUCGCCAUUAAGAUGGAAAUCAUUUUUCACUCGCGGUGGCAGUAGUGUUUCACUUGGAGCUGUACCAUUCCGUAAAAAAUCUGAACCGAACUUGACACCAUUUAAAACCAUGAAAUCAAAAGAUCGCAUGUGCAAGACAAUGGUAGGCGAUUUGGAUGUUCAAGACUCUCCUAAGUCUUUCAAGUUAUCCGGUGAAACAAUGUCAUUGAAAGAAAUUAAAGGAAUGUCGCCGUGUUCUCCUCCUCGGCUUUGUGGUCCUGUUACAUUAGGUCAUAAUCGUUCAGUAUCACAUGAUUCAUACUUUGACCAACUUGCCGAUCAAGAAGAUUUAGAUGUUUCGCCUGUUCCUCGUCCAAGCCAAGAAGAAUUAAGUGACUUGCAAGUAAACUUUGACUUGGACGAAUCUGACAUGAGAGUUUUUUCCGAUGAAGACACUACCCAUAUAUUUAGUAAUCGAUCCAGCAUGGACAAUAUUCAAAUUUUUAAUAGUAACACUCUUAACAAUAGUAGUAAACGUCUUCCAAUAUUAGCACCUACUGAGGAUUCACUUAGUGCAGAUCCAUCACCGAAGAAAAAAAAGAUAACAGAUUCAAAUAAGAGCGAUUCAAAAAAAAAUAGAUUAUCAUACUUAGAAGAGCGCUUUGCUUCGCCUGACAUUCGAUUUAUUGAUAGCCAAUCUCCAGAACAUAUGACUGUUUUGGUUGAUGUACACAAUAGCUGUGACGAAAUCAUGGCCGAUAUUGAAAGUAAUGAAAUUGAUAAUGGGUCAGUGUCUACUAUUACCACACCAACAAUCUCAUAUCAUCCAUUAUCAGAAGAUAGUUGUAGCGAACGAAACUUAACACCAAGUUUUUGCAAUUUCGAAUCUUCUGAACAACUGACAAAAAAUCUCUUAAACACUCCUCGAAAUCGUCUUAGUUACCAAGGUGACUUGCACAACAAACGACUAUCUACUGAUCGGCGUAGUUUUCAAGAAAUAAAGUAUGGAAAUUCGUUAGAUUAUAAAGCUAGCAAAGACGGACAGCACGAAUCUCGUAUUAAGAAAGAUAUAGACGACUUAUUUAAGUCUAACAAUUCUAUGGUUGUUGAAUCAUCUAAAAACUUAGACAAACCACUAUAUGAAAUAAUAAUGGGAAAUAACUAUGAGCGCUUGGGAGAUAAUAAUUCAAUAUUUAACCAAGACGAUUUGAGCAGUGAAGAAAAAAUUCCUUUGAACAAACAAUUCAGUUCAGUCAAUUCGAUUGAAAACUUAAAUUUCGAACAAGAAAAAACAGUUGAAAAUAUACACUAUGAAACGUUAGUUACUACUAGUCCAGAAUCUUGUAAUUCUAGUCAUCACGAGAUGUCUAUUUCACCAGAAGAACCUAAGGAAUUUGACAAAUCUCAACAUAACGACAAUUCAAAGGUUAUGCAUGAACAAAUGGUUUCAAAUAAUAACUUUGAUGCCAUAUCGCCCUCCUACGAAGAUACAGAAAUGUUGAUUCAGGACACACCCAGAACCCUUGAACAAUCGGACGCAGUAAAUAAAGAAUUGAAUGAAAUGUAUAUUAUUGAGGGGUUUAGUGGAGGUGGAGGUAUUGCGGAUAACAACACUGAUAUUACGUGUUUGGAAUCUAGUCGACGUAAAUUUGAGUGCGAAAUCGGAAGAAAUAUUGUACACGACAGACGCAUGAGAAAAGAAUUGAUGGAAAACUCUAGUACUACUGGAAAUAAAGAAAAUCUGACAAAUGUAAAAGAGCUGUUAAAUAAAUUUGACACUAAUAAAUCAAAUAAGAGUUGUCCAACAUGGAUGAAAAACCGUCGUCUACGAAAUAAUUGCCAAAACAUUAAUGCUACAGUUUCAUUAGACGCAUUUAAUUUCCCUUUAGAUGUUCAGAACCUAGAACGAGUUCGAACGUCACCAAAUCUCAUAAGCCUAGAAUCUGGCUGUCAAAAAUCUGAUUCUUCUUGUGACAUGGAAGCUACCCGUCGAGAGCGUAUAGAACGAUAUAAAGAAGAACGUCGUUUAGCUCUCCGAGAACGUUUUAAAGCGGCUGAAAGCACUAGUUACGACGAUGAAGACAUUAAAAGAUUAAGAGCAAAAUCGUUGAAAUCUCCGGAAGAAAGUUCUGACAAUAAAUUUAGUAAAUCUUUCAAUACACAACAAAAAAGACUAGGUCGGUUUAUUUCUUGUUAUGAUGAACGUGAGAAGUUGACAAGUAAUGUUGAACUAGCAGACUGGCAUACACGCAGUUUAGAGCGUAAGAAAAAUUAUCGAGAAGAAACUAUAGGUUUAGUUGCUUCACGAGUAAAUCAGUUGAUUGGAAGUACUAAGUCGUCUGACAAUAAUGAUAACCAAAAUUCCCUUAAAACUGUUGUGGAGAAACCAUUGUUCAGCUCAGUUCGACAGAGAGCACAUAGUGCUAGUGGUAUAUCAACUCAAUUUUGUAUUAAAGAUAUGGCUGCGUUAUUUGAACAAAAACAUUAGCGUUUGUUACUAAUUAAUUUUUUUUUUUACAUUUUUAUAUAGUAAUAUAUUAAUAAGUUUCAGUAUGAUAUGUGAUAUAUAUUAUUAAAUACAAUUUUAUUAAACUAAAAACAGUAUUAACUCUAUAGUCUAGUUUAUUAAAAUAUAUGAAUACAAUUUUUUUUUUAAAAACGUGACAAUUAAAAUAAAAACCAUUAAGGCAGUGUAAUCUCAAAACAGAAUAAUUUAAACAAGUGUUAUAUUGUAAGGUAUUA